AUGGUGCAACUAACAGAGGGAACAAAUAUUCUACAAACUAGAAGAGUAAAGAACUGUUAUAUGGAUUCUGUAAAAGAAAAUAAUUUUUACAUAGGUAAAGUGUGGAUACAAUGUGAGAACAGGAGCUGUUUAAAAUGGAGACUGUUACUGCAAAAUGAUGUAGGAAAUAUUGAUUCUAAUGCACCAUGGUACUGCUCUAUGAAUAUUGAUCCACAGUUUAAUAAAUGUUCUGUUGCUGAAGAAUAUUUUCCCAAGGAGUCUCAAUUUCAAAAACAUGGAUUAAAAUUUAUUUAUUCAAAGUUUCAAUUAGGAAGCUUGGUUCUGGCAAAAAUGAAAACAUGGCCAAGAUGGCCUGGCAUUCUUUCUCCUGAUCCAAUUGAUGGACAGUAUGUGAAAUAUGAUUUUAAUGGAGAUGUUGAAAGUCAUCAUGUAGAGUUUCUGGGGAAUCCCCAUUCCAGGAGUUGGACUGCCAUAAAAUACAUUGAUCCUUAUCCUAGUUCAUUUAAGACAGAGGUAUGUAAGAAGAGAAAAACCUGGUAUGAAAGUGCAUUUGAAGAGGCAAACAAAUUACUUGCAUGUACUACUCAGCAAAGGCUUGACAUAUGCUACCUAUCAAAAAAAGAUACAUUAAAUGACAAAGAAGCCAAAAGAAAAACUGAUAAAAUAGAAUGUAGGAAAAUGAUUAAAAGUUAUACAAAAAAAUGUGGGAAGAAAAUUAGCUGCAGAAAUGGAAGAAAGCAAAGAAUGUUAACAUAUCCUUGCAAAAUAGCAAGAUCAGAAGAUAUCCUAUCAAAAAAAAACCUAGUUGUAAGAGAGACAAAAAUUAUACUGAAAGAUUUGGACCAAAUUCUCAAUCAAGUAUUAGUCACCUCCAAACCUUUUUUAGAAUCAUCUGGGAAUGGAGAGGCCAAUAAUGAAAGAAAAGAGGUACUUAACUGCUGUUUAGAAGCUAGCGAAGAAAAAAGACCAAUGGAAAUCAGCAUUGAAGAAGACUGUAUUAUAAUUGAUGGGAAAGCUUUUGUGGCUGGAGAAUACAUAGAGAGCAUAACAGAACAGUUUAAAGAAAUAGAUUCUUUAAUGGCUGACUUCCAAAGCAACUUAUAG